CCCAACCUCAUUCAUCUUCGUAACACGGCACCUCGGGAUGGCGUCAAGGUCAUUGAUAGCGUCUCUUUUCGAAAAACAGUUCAGAUAUGUUCUGAAGCCGCAGCCCUUCUAUUCCUUCACCAAUGAGCAAUGGCGUCCCCAGACAGAGACCUCUCCAGCUGUCCAGCAAGGUCCACCUCUUGAGUCAAUCCGUGUUCUCACCUGGAACAUUGACUUUAUGGCCUCGCAUCCCAGGGAACGUAUGAGCGUCGCAAUACAAUACCUGGGUGGCCUAAUUGCAAGCCUCCCAGCGUCCACAGCUGUGGCUGUUUUGCUUCAGGAAAUGGUAGAAACCGAACCACGUGGUCCCCAACUCGAACGACCCGACGACGCAAAAGAUAUAUCUAUGCUUCUCGAUGCCGACUGGGUUAGAAAGAGGUUUUAUAUAUCGGAUACAGACAUGUCCACAGCAAGAGCUCACUAUGGCCAAGUGACUCUGCUGGACAAACGCUUAAGCGUAGCGCAAGUUAGCCGCCUGCCAUUCGUUAGUGAGUACGGGCGGGAGGCAGUAAUUGUUGAUGUUAGGCUAUCUUCCGCGAGUUCGUGCAUCCUACGAAUCUGUAACGUGCAUCUCGACUCCCUAAAUGGCCCGCUGCGACCUGUGCAAUGGGCGGGGCUCGGUAAACAACUCCAGGAUGAGGAGCAAGGAGUUGUCGCAAGCAUCGUUGCCGGAGAUUGUAAUGCAACCCGACCACGAGACAGAGCGGCGCCUGAACAGAACGGUUUCAAGGACGCCUAUCUGGAACUUGGUGGAGUGGAGGGCGAUGAGGCGGGAGCCACAUGGGGCUUUCAAAGUCGUCAUUGGCAGAGGUUCGGACGCUCCCGGCUCGACAAGAUUGUGUUUUGUGGCAAGCUUCAAGUUAAAACCCUCGACAGAAUCGGCGUCGGUGUCAAGGUUGAAGACGAACAGGCUGUGCGAGAGAUGGCGGAAGAGGCACUUCCUUUUGUCACAGACCACUACGGCUUGAUGGCAGAAUUCACGGUCGAAGACAGUCUGAUGACCAUAAUGACCGAGGGUGCUUGACAUAAACCGUUUCAUGUAAAAUCUCUCACCGUCUGGCUUCAACUCCACAGGAGCCAACAUCGAAGCGAGGUACAACUUGAAGUUUGUUUCAAAGGCAGAGACUAUGCUCUCUUCGUGUACAUACCGGGUAUCCCAGAGCUGAUCAGUACGCCACUUCUAUCUGACGCGGUACUGGAAACUGCGAAAGACAUCGUCAUAGCGGGAAGUACACCACUGAUGGACGUGGAGGCUAUGUGCAGGGAGGUGUACCACAAGUUUGGUCAGUGUAGCAUGGCUCUGGAAGGUCUUUGAAAGCAGCUCCGUUAUUUUGACAGAACAAUCACCUCUGUCCAAGGGUUCAUUGUGAGCUGCUCUAGGCAAAAACGAGAGUUUAACUAGCUGAGACCAUGAAUACAGCCAUUGUCGGG